AUGGGUUCAAAUGCAGCAGAAGAAGAGUCUACCUUGAUCGCCAUUGAUAGCGAUCAGAACAGCCAACAUGCAGUCAAAUGGGCUGUGGAAUAUCUCUUCAGGAACAACUCUUCCUGCACCCUCCUUCACGUCAGAACUAAGAACUUAUAUCACAAUGAUUUGGAAGUUUUCCCUAAGCAAGGUCGUCCGCCAACAGAAGAAGAAUUGCAACAGAUUUUUCUUCCCUUUCGAGGAUUUUGUGCUCGAAAAAGGGUCGCAGUUAAAGAGUUAGUUCUGCAAGACACUGACGUAGUAAAUGCGCUUACUAAUUACAUAAUUCUGAAUUCUAUCAACAAUGUUGUCGUUGGUGCUUCUCGCUCCAACGCUCUUCUAAGGAAAUUUAAAGAUGUAGAUGUGCCAACAAGCUUGUUAAGAUCUGUGCCACAAUCUUGCAUGAUGCAUAUCAUAUCAAAAAGAAAAGUGCAGAAUAUUCGACCAGCAGGUCAUUCUCAUCAGAAUAUUAGUAUCGCACCAUCAAAAUCUCUAAAAGCCAUCAGGGAAAGUUUUCGGUCCAAAGAUUUAAACAGAAGAUCGCUCCAAAUUAAAUUUUGGCAAAGCUCAAACAAUGAUGGGGUAUCUCCAAUAACACCACACAAGAACAAUGGAGAGACUGAUUCUACAAAACUAUCUGAUGAAACCAGUUCUUUACAAACUUCAUCCAAUCAAAGUUUCCUUAAAGAAGACACUUCAAGGUUGUUUGAUCAUCAAACGAGUGAGACAUCACAUGGAAAACAAAAUGUAGUCAUUAAUUCGAAUUGUAGGAGCAAAUCUUCCAAAAAGCCUCCGACAACGAAGCAUGAAAAUAUAAGGCAAGAAGAGGGAGACAUGCAUGAAGAAGAAGAGAGGAAUAAACCAUCAAAUGAAAUUGCACCAAACAAAGUUCUAUUUAAAAGAUACAACAUUAGAGAAAUCGAAAUAGCAACUAAUUACUUUAACAAUGCCCUGAAAAUCGGUGAAGGUUCAUAUGGACCUGUUUUCAAAGGGGUGCUUGAUAACAUUGUUGUUGCUGUCAAGGCUCUCAGACCUGACAUAACCCAUGGGGAGAAGCAGUUUCAACAAGAGGUUAGUGUUUUGAGCACAAUAAGACAUUCAAACAUGGUUAAGCUUUUGGGUGCAUGUCCGGAGUAUGGAUGCCUUGUGUAUGAGUACAUGGAAAAUGGAAGUUUAGAAGAUCGUCUAUUCCAAAAAGAUAACACACCAGCAAUUCCAUGGAAAGUUAGAUUCAAAAUAGCAUCAGAAAUUGCCACAGGCCUUCUUUUCCUUCAUCAGACAAAGCCUGAGCCUAUUGUGCACCGAGACCUGAAACCGGCAAACAUUUUGUUGGACUGUAACUAUGGUAGCAAGAUCACUGAUGUGGGUUUGGCAAGGCUAGUUCCACCUGCUAUACCGGACAAAACCACUCAAUACCAUAAGACAACUGCAGCUGGUACAUUUUGCUACAUUGAUCCAGAAUAUCAGCAAACAGGACUAUUGGGGGUUAAAUCAGACAUUUAUUCACUAGGUGUAGUGCUGUUGCAAAUUAUAACUGGAAAGCCUCCUAUGGGUGUGGCUCACUUUGUUCAAGAGGGUAUAGAAAAAGGUACAUUUUCUGAGGUUCUUGAUCCUAAUGUCAUGGAUUGGCCUGUUGAGGACACUUUGUCAUUUGCUAAGUUGGCUUUGAAGUGUUGUGAGAUGAGAAAACGAGAUAGACCAGAUCUUGCUUCUGUCAUUUUGCCAGAGUUGAGUCGGCUUACAAAUUUAGGAGUAGUGAUUACAUUUCCCAAAGAUAAAAUCAUGGUGUAA